UUUCAUGGGUUUGAGCAUAAAUUACAAGAUAUGACUCCUCAUAGAGCCUAAAAGGUUCAUCGAAUUUGUAGCGCACCCGACCCAGCCAGCCAGCCAGCCAGCCAUCCGUUGUGUUUGUGCUCAGACAAUCGGAGAGCCAUGGAUGAGCUUGAAUUUCAACGAGUUCUUCAUCUUUUUCCCGUCGUUCGUACUCGCGAUUAUAAUGCCGAGUCUGAAGUUCAAAGGCAAUUAACCACUCAGGCAUCACGCAGGAUAAGAGAGCGUAUGAAUUCUCAAAUUGAUGGGAGUGCAAGGGACAAGGUUAUUGGAGGUAUUGAUGGACAAGAUGCGUUUUGGGAGAAGCUAAAAGUUGCUGCUGCUAAGAAGGUUGGUAAUGCUGACGCUGAGGGGUUCGUGAAGGCGUUCCAACAUGUUUACAGGAAACUUGUUUUCGAGGAGUUAUCUUUAACUGCUGCUCGACGUUUUGUUAAUUCGUCGUAAGAUUUGACAUCGCUUGUUUUUAUCGCAAUUCUCUUUUAUGCUUGCCAUGUAAACCUGUAAUUGUGAGUUUAUACAUCACAUAUCAUUCGAGUUUGAUUGAUACAUUGGCAUAGAUUGACAACAUUAGUCUUUGAAGAUGAUCAUGGACAUGCUUAAGGUGGCAUGGCAACUCAUUAAAUAGUCGUGUUUUUAACC